AGGAACAGGAAUACAUUGAUUUGAACAGUCCUUCCGAAGUUGCAGAUGAUGCACACCAAAAGGAAGACCAAAGGAACAAAAGCUUGCUAGAGAGGAAAAUGGAGGAAUUCCAAGGCUGUUUGGCAGAGCACAAUGAAAAGAUCCGGCUGAUUAUAUACCUGGUUUUAACAGCAGGCUUCGUUGCCAUAGUGAUUGCGGCAUGUGUUUUGAACUUCCACCGGGCUGUUGGGCUGCUGGUCAUCUCCUUGGUAACCGUAUUCUUCGUGGUCUGGGAUUGGAUGAUGGAACGCUAUGGUGACCGGGUGUGGGAGGAGCUCUAUCCUAUCAGAGACCUUCUCAGCAGAAACUGGUUUUGGAUCAGAUGGAUCAUAUACGUCUUACUGCUGGUGGCCGUGGUUUGCUGGCUUACACUGGACACAGCCAAGCGGGGAACCAGACAACUUGUGUCUUUCUUUGGUUUGCUUCUCUUGAUCUUAUCAAUGCUGCUGUUCUCCAAACAUCCAUUCAAGUGGUGUUGGCAAACUUUGCUAUGCGGCAUUGGGCUCCAGUUUGUCUUUGGUCUGCUGAUCCUCAGGACCACAGUUGGCUUAGGUGCACUGGAAUGGCUUGGAAAACAAGCAGAGAGUUUUAUGUCAUAUGCAGAUGUUGGCUCUAAGUUUGUGUUUGGCGCAAGUUACAUAGACCACUUCUUCAUCUUCAGGGUGAUGCCUAUAUUAGUUUUUCUAAGCUCCGUCAUCUCCAUCCUUUACUACAUUGGCUUCAUGCAGUGGCUCAUUUGCAAGAUUGGAUUCAUAAUGCAGGUUACCAUGGGAACGUCUCCAACAGAAUCAAUGGCUGCAGCUGGAAAUAUAUUCUUGGGGCAGACAGAGGCCCCUCUUUUGAUUCGUCCAUACAUCAGCCAGCUAACUCGCUCUGAGAUACACGCUGUGAUGACAGGAGGUUUUGCUAGCAUCUCCGGUACCAUCUUGGGAGCUUUUAUCUCCUUUGGGGUUAAUGCAACACAUCUGUUGACCGCAUCACUGAUGUCAGCUCCAGCCUCCCUGGCAAUCGCCAAGACAUUCUGGCCUGAGACCGAGAUCCCCAGUGCAACAGACAGUCAUGACCUCAAAAUGGACGAAGGAGACAGUACAAACGUGUUAGAGGCAGCAUCCCAAGGUGCAUCCAAUGCUGUGGGUCUAGUGGCCAACAUUGUCGUCAACCUGAUCGCCUUCCUGGCACUGCUGGCCUUUUUCGAUGGUGUGCUCUCCUGGCUGGGCGGGAUGUUGGACUGUCCACAGCUCAGCUUCUCACUCAUCUGCUCCUACGUGUUCAUGCCACUCUCAUUCAUGAUGGGUGUUUCCUGGGAGGACAGCUUCAUUGUUGCUGAGCUGAUUGGCACAAAGACAUUUCUCAAUGAGUUUGUGGCCUAUCAGAAGUUGUCAGAGUACAUUAAGAGGCGGAAUGCAGGUGGGCCAGAGUACGUGAACAACGUAAAGCAGUAUAUGUCUGUUCACUCUGAAACCAUCGCAACCUACGCUCUGUGUGGCUUUUCCAACUUUGCUUCUCUGGGGAUGUCAGUUGGAGCUCUGUCUGCGAUGGCUCCAGAAAGACGGACUGACUUCUCCUGCUGUGGCCUCAGAGCUCUGAUUGCAGGAAGCGUCUCCUGUUUCAUGACAGCUUGUAUCGCAGGUGUGUUGUACAUCCCCAAACUUCAGUGUCCACAAUUCCUGAGCACGGAGUUCAACAAAACCAACCUGACCAUCACCACACAACUAGUCACCUGCUGCACACAACUGUACAACAGUGUGAUGGUGAAUGAGCCAUGGAACGUGACGAUCAGGGAAGGAUUCAGUCAGAGUUGUCUGCAGGGCUGCUGCACCAUCACACCCCCAACACACUUCAACUGCAGCUUGGUGCUUUGAAUCACUGUGAACACACACACACACACACACACACACACAGCUCUAUGGCAGUCAUGUGUGUUGUUUUUUUAUGUAUAUUCUUUACUGUUUAUAAUGCAUUUUCAAUCACGUUAGCCUUCAUUGGUUUUGUAGAAAGAAUAUCAGUUAUAUCAUGAAAAAUUAAAAUUAAAAAUAGGAGUAAGGAUCAUGAAGAAUUAAAAAAACGUGAAAAUAUUAACCAGACUUUAUUGUGAACCAAGUAUCUAAAAUGAAUUAUCUAUCAGGUCAUCUGUGGUAAUGCUGUAUUAUAAUUAUGUAUUGUAGUAUAUAUAAUUUGUUUUCAAUGAUCUCUAAUGUAAAAUGGUACAUUUUCCUACAACAGCUGAGGGCACAAGUUAAAUUUAUUACUUGGAAAGACAGAUUAAAAUUUCCCCAACAGAAUUUAACUAAAUACCAAAAUGUUAGUGAUUUAGACUUAAAGACUUUCAAAUGUGUAAACAUCAUCAAAAAUAUUUGUAUGAAUGAUUAGAGUAGUAAAAUUAAUAUUACUACAUGUGAGUUGGAGCAACAUUUUAUAAAUGUUUGAUUGCAUCAUCAUUUGCAAAAUGGAUACAAAGGUUCAAUACAUUUUAAUUUGUAUUAGCUGCACAAAUGUGCAAAUAAUCACACAUAAACUCAACACAACUUGAGAUCAAUACAAGUUUUGGCAUCUGAUUACUGAGAUUUACUAAGUUUAUGAUGAUUGAGUCAAUUCCAGAAGUAGUAAGAGACAGGCAAGUGGACUGUUUGGAUAUUUAGGCUUGUAUAUACUGUAUGCUGUUUUUUUCCCAGAACAUGAAAAAUUAUGAUAAAUGAUCAAUUAGGCAGUUAAUUUGUUCUGUUUAGUUUGUCUUUUGUAAGUAUAUUUGACAGUAUUGUGAUUUUGUUUGUGUCCUAUCUGCCUACACAAUGGCCUUACUAAGUUUUAGCACCAUGUGGUACAAAAGCAAAGGAUUUUCCAAUCCACCAUAAACUACAAAGAAAGAAGAGAAAAAUUACCAACAGACACCUUUUAUUUAUUUUAAUUUCUCACUUUUCUGCCUCGCUUGAAUGAACCUAGUGUGGCUAGAAGAAGCUCUGUAUAACAUGGCCACUGGAUGUCACUGGUGUCCUCUGGUUCCCAAUCAGAAAAACGUACUGAAGUGAAUGACAGAUCCAUUUGCUAUAGACCAGUCAGUCAUACUGGCUUGACUUGCAGUCCAAUUGUCAGAGCAAGUGGCCCAUUAAUACCAUCAGAGAUGAUGGAUUCCCACCACCCACCAAACAAAGAGGAGGGUAUCACAGUUGUCCACUUUCAACAUCUGCAUGUGUGAGACGUGCAUGCAGUCACAGAGACGGCAAAUGACAGUCUCUUCAUUAAAUCUGCCACAGGCAAAAGGUCAGAUGGCUCCCUUCUCGGCAGGCAGGAGAUGUGUUCACAUGUGUGAAUUUCACACACCCACAGAGAGGGAACAUUAGACUCCGCCAUCAGACACUGACACAUAGGGCAUUUUUAGGCUCCAUGUUACCAUGUGUCUCCCGUUAAAAAAACAGUGAGCUCAUUUUCAUUUUCAUGAAUGUCGGCACUGUCAAGAAAAACAAUGAUCUUAAAGCAUGAAGCAGUUAGAUCAGGAGGGUAAAGCAAACAAAAUUUCUCUGGGAAUAUUAAGAAGUCAGGAAUGAUUUGAACUCUCUGUAUGUGUAGGGACAAGAACGAAAAACUUUGGAAAAAUGAGGCAAAGUACAAUUUUUGUAAGGUCAUGUCAUAAACUGUGAUUUUGCUGGUACAAGCAAGUGACCUUUUGAAUUCUGCAUGUCCUUAUUGGCUAAUGUAUGGAAAUAAUAAUAAUAUCAUGACAAAACAACUAAAUAAGAACAAAAUAAUUUGUGUUGGACUGCAGGAUCAAUUUCCAUCUUGCUAAAUAAAGCUGGACUGAGAAAUUAGAAAAAAAAACAAUGACAAAAUGUUCAGUUUUUAGUUGUGUAAGGAUGAAAAUCAGCUGUUUGACCAACACAAACACAUGUGAAUGUGUUCUUUAUUUGUUCAUUAAUGCGUAUUGUCCAUUUUAAAUAAAAUAAAUAAAUAAAAAACUACAGUGUAUGAAAGUCCGAUUCAA